AUGCAGCCACAGGCAGCAGGGUUUGCGCAACAAUACGGGAUGACAUACUCCCCCUACCCACCACCCUCCACCACCUCCUACACCCCCUACCCGGCACCCAUGCCAUCUCCAUACAUUCCCGGGCCCUAUCAGAGCCCCUACACUCCGCUUGCACAAGCAGGUAGGGGCCCGGUAGGCAGCCGAAGCGGGAGUGGAGUCAUGUCGAGCACGGGUAGGAGGGAGAGACAGGGGAACAAUCGGGGAAAAGGCGCAGCCGAAGGCGGGCUAGCCCCAAGGUCAAGUGGCGUGCAGAAAGCUCCUCGUAAAGAGGGUAAUACAAUCAGGCGAGCGCAGAAGCCCGAGCCAAAGCGCGAGGUAGGGAUUGCUCUUGGGGUUGCUCCCUUGGCAAGAGGCUCCUCCUCGCGGGCUCGUGGCCAUGACGCUUCGCAGGGCGCAACGGUGGAUGCUCAAGCAGUGUCGCAGGAUGUUGACGCGGAUGGGGACGUGAAGAUGGAGGAUGAUGAUGAUGCUAUGGGGGAAGAGCAAGAUCUUGACUCCGAUGGAGACGUGAGGAUGAGGGACGCGUGA